AUGAUAUUCCAGCUUUACCGUUCCAAACCCAUUGCGAAGCGUGAUCCGAAAGCGGAGCAGCGCGUGAGGCGUUAUGCCGAGCCGAUCCCUCACAGCGACCUCACGCGACAACCGUCGCAUGUGCGACGGCAGGCACAGACGUGUAUCGGCAUCGCGCAUGCCUCUAGAAGCAGCAUCAGUAACACAGCAUCGAGCCAGAUACCGUCUAUUGGAACUGGUUACCACAUCGCUGGUUACAGCGGUACUGUUUCGAGCAGCAGUGGCGACGGAGAGCGGAGGAGAGCGAGACGAGCAGUGAUCACUGCAGCUGCUGCAUCGUCUGGCAGGCCAUCAGCGGAUGACGGCUCUAAUCUAAGAUCGCUAGUUCAAGCGGCAGUAGAUUUUAUCAAGCGUCGCUGGCGCAACGUGAGGCGGAGGGUGUUUGUGAAGGUGCUGGUGCUGCUGGCGGGGUUCUUCUCAGCCAAUGCGCUCUCCACCAUCGUGGGGCAGACGGGCGAUUGGGACGUGCUCGUUGCCGGCUCCCUCGUCGCCUCCCUUGAGCUCCUCGGCGCCUGCCUCUACCGCCUCCGCCUGCGCGCCGCCUCCGCUGCUGCCGCCAACGCCGCGAAACUCGCAGCCAAGAGCGCAGCAGCGGCGGGAAGAGGAGGAGGAGGAGGAGGGGGGAGGGUGGGAGCAGGAGAGGGGAAAGCGGGUGGGAUGACAGGUUCAGGUGGAGAAGUGGAGGGUGAUGGGGGGGUGGAGAAGGGGGAGGGUGCAUUGAUAGAUGCUGUGGCGCUGGUGAAUUUCUGGAAGGCAGGUAUCAUAUUGGGUUUAUUUGUGGACGCCUUCAAGGUUGGCAGCUGA